AGAGAGAAGUGGAGAGAUGUCGCUCGAAGCGCUUCAAGUGGCGUGAGUUCGUGCGGUCAGUCGAUGGUAAUUGUCCUCUGAAAUUACUUCUGAGUUAUUUCUUUAGUUUCUAGUCUUCGUAGCGCAGCAGUAUCUUCGGUAGGGUCAACGGUGGCUAUCGGAGAUACGAAGAAACCGAAUUCAGUGUACCACCCUGCAACUGUGCUCUUCCUGAGAUCUACCCAACUUAUUAUGGGCGAUACCAAAUGAAAUUGUGGUUUCGAAACAGCACGAUGUCGACUUGGGCGGUUUGUUUUAGGGUGUGUGACAGAAAGACUUGUCGAAUUCGCAUGUGAAGUAACAAGCAUGAUCCUAAGCUGCGGUGACGUACUCAGCUCCCAGCAGCUGAAGCGGCUGGCGGAGCACAAGUACAGCGCAUCGGGUUCAUCCUUUCUCGACCCAGCAAUGCAGCCCUUCUGGAACUGGGUAGUGAACCAAUGCCCCCUUUGGUUGGCGCCAAACCUUAUGACUCUUUGUGGGUUAGCAGUGAACAUUUUUACGUCACUCAUUCUCGUCUAUUACAGUCCCGAUGCCAAACAAGAGGUACCUCGUUGGGCAUUUGUUCUAUGCGCCUUGGGUCUCUUUGUGUACCAAACACUGGAUGCAUGCGAUGGCAAGCAGGCACGUCGCACAGGCAGCAGCACUCCUCUCGGGGAGCUGUUUGACCAUGGCUGUGACUCCAUCUCCACAGUGUUUGUGGCCCUGGCUGUCUGCAUUGCUGUGCAAUUGGGCAACUAUCCUGCCUGGAUGUUCUUCCAAUGCUUUGUGGCCAUCACCCUCUUCUACUGUGCCCACUGGCAGACUUAUGUUUCAGGCACACUACGUUUUGGAAAGUUUGAUGUGACUGAAGCACAGUUCUCUGUCAUGGCCAUUCACUUAGUGUCUGCUGUCUUUGGCCCCACAGUUUGGGCAACAAAGGUGCCCCUGGUUCAGUUGCCCCUACAGAUCAUACCAAUUACUGUGGCUGUGGUGGCAGCCACUGUAGCUGCUUGCAACUACAUGACCACCAUAUUUACUGGUGGUGUGGGCAAAAAUGGAUCUACGGUUGCCCUGCCCCUGUUGCAUAUGGAGCUGCGGCUAAUGCCAGUAGCCAUGGCUCUCUCGGUGUCUCUCAUCAUGUGCUACACUGAUGUGGCAGUCAUUCUUUCGGGCGGUGUUGGCAAAAACGGAUCCACUGUUGCCGGCACAAGUGUGCUGUCGCCCUGUAUCCCCAUAGCCCUGGUGGUGCUGCCAGCAUUCAUAAUCUACCAGAAGUCUACAAUGCACGUCUACGAGAACCACCCAUGCCUGUACAUAGUGGCUUUUGGCAUGGUGGCUGCCAAGGUGACCAAUCGGCUAGUGGUGGCUCACAUGAGCAAGAGCCAGAUGGAGUACAUGGACUCUGUCCUUGUUGGGCCUGGAAUGCUUUUCCUCAACCAGUACUUCAGCACUACCUUCAAUGAGUACAUCGUCUUGUGGAUUUGCCUGGUGUACUCGGUGGCUGACUUGCUGUGCUAUAGCAGAAAUGUGUGCAACCAGAUGUGUGCCCAUCUGCAAAUCCCAUUGCUGCGUUUAGCUUCUGUUCCACAGCCAAAGCACCACGUCUCCUCCGAUGGUGCAGCCGUCUAUGUCUCAUAGCCUCUGGUCGUCGUGGCAGGAUGGACUUGAGCUGAUCCAACAGAUGGUAGUGGAGGGCUUUGUAGCAAGAGACAGUAAUAAAAGUGUCCACCUUGAGAAGUAGCGUCUCUUUGUCGUAGCCACUUUAGCACACUUGUCCUUGCAGAUGCUGAGGAACAGGACCUGCUGCUGGAGGAGGAGAAUAUCCAAGAUCCCUGUGCCUGAUUUCCUCUCAUUUUGCACUAUCCGUGGAAACAAUAAAUGAAAAGUUGUGUUCCUCGCAUAACUUGCUUGACUCGA